AUGGUAUAUUGUUAUACUUGCAACAUUAACGCCAAUAAUAAUUACAAUUCCAAUAACAACAUCAAAAAAUAUAAAAAGAACGACAACAACAUUAUCAACGACAAGGACACCAUCAAGCACAACAUUAACAUCAAAAAUACCCACAACAACAACAACAAUGAUAACAUGAACAUCAAAACUAUCAACAACAACAAUAACAAAGAUGGCAAUAUCCACAACAACAACAACAAAAACCUCGAAAUCAACAACAAUACUAACAUCAAAGAUGACAACAUCAACAACUAUGACAACAAUGACGACAACCACAAUGACAACAACAACAACAAUGACUACAACAACAACAACAACAACAAUAACAAAGAUGACAAUAUCGACAACACCAAAAACAUCAACUUCAACAAUAAUACUAACAUCAAGGAUGACAACAUCCAUAACGACAAUAAUGACAACAAUGACGACAAUCACAAUGACAACAAUAACAACAAUGACUACAACAAUAUCAACAAUAACAUGAACAAUAACAACAACAAUAACACCAACAACAACGAUAACGUUAACUACUUCGUAUGGAUCGUAUUAAAUUUAUGUUCGGCAGGACUCGGGCCUACGGCCCUCGUGCGUUGUCGGAUCAAUAGAGAUAACUAUAUGAUAUAUUGUUAUAAUACCAACAUUGACGACGCUAAUAACCACAUCCAAAACGUUAACAACCACAACAUCAACAUCAAAAAUAACAACAACAACAACAACACGAACAAGGCUGACGAUAUCAACAGCAACAACAAAACCAUCAAAAACAGCCACACCAACAAAAAUGACAACAUCAACAAGAAUCACAACAACCACUUUCAAAACAACAGCAACAACUAUAACAACAACAAUGACAACAACUACUCUAACAACAACAAUGACGGCAACAACUAUACCAACAACAAUAACAUCAACAACUAUAACAACAUCAAAAAUUAUACCAAUAACGACAACAACAUCAACAACAACAAUGAUAACAUGAACAUCAAAAAUAUCAAUAACAACAAUAACAAAGAUGGCAAUAUCAAGAACAACAACAAAAACCUCGAAAUCAACAACAAUACUAACAUCAACGAUGACAACAUCAACAACAAGAACAAUGACAACAACAACUGUGACAACAAUGACUACAACCACAAUGACAACAAUAACAACAAUGACUACAACAAUAUCAACAAUAACAUGAACAAUAACAACAACAAUAACACCAACAACAACAAUAACGUUUACUACUUCGUAUAG